UGGCCGUUUACAAGCACGUGUUGCGCGUCACGGCGGUGCGUUCAUGAUGGCGGCGGAGCCAGUGCGAGCGUGGAGCGACGAGCAGCUGAAGGGAGAAGAAGUGCCGAAGAAAGACCUGAUCGUAUUCAUCCAGGAGAACGCAGCGCACUCGUUUCUAGCUGAACACAAACUCCUUGGAAACAUCAAGAAUGUGGCAAAAACAGCCAAGAAAGAGCAGCUGGUGGAGGUGUAUAACAAGCUGUUUGAGAGCAAGAGGUUUAAGGGCACAGACGUGGAUGUCGUGACUGAACAGGUUCAAGCUGCUAAAAUCAGCGACGCUCCUAAAGAAGCAAAGACGGAGCAGCAGGACGAGGGGCCUCCGAAGUUCACGAAGAGCAUCCUGAAGAAAGGAGACAAAACCAACUUCCCCAGGAAGGGCGACACCGUGAGCUGCUGGUACACCGGCACGCUGGAGGACGGGACCGUGUUCGACACCAACAUCCCCGCAUCCGCUAAAAAGAAGAAACAGGCCAAACCGCUGAGCUUCAAGGUUGGGACGGGUAAAGUGAUCAGAGGGUGGGAUGAAGGUCUGCUGACGAUGAGUAAAGGCGAGACGGCGCGUCUGGAGAUCGAGUCUGAAUGGGCGUACGGGAAGAAAGGUCUUCCUGACGCAAAAAUCCCACCCAACGCCAAGCUCAUCUUCGAGGUGGAGCUCGUCUCCAUCGACUGAUUGAUCAACCGUCAUCGUCGUCAUCAUCAUCAUCAUCAUCAUCAUCAUCAGCUGCUCGACCACAAACACUGACGGCCGUUCAGACAGAAUGAGUGUUUAAACAGAUGAAAGAUGUUCAUUAUAACAUGUUGGAAAUGAUGUUCCUCAGUCUGACAGAGAAAAGUUUUCUGGCUAUUUUUGCAUGAUUGCAGCGUUACAAUAAAAAAAACUCUGAACAA